AUGGCAUCUCUGAGCAUCACCUCGUCCGUGCCUUUGAGCACAUCGGACGCAAAAGAUGGCCCCCUCGUUGGCGGCAAAAUCUCCUCCCUGGGCGAGAUGAUUAGAAACCUCUCGGCCAAAGGAGUCGCAGUACCCUCGGGAUUUGCAACUACCUCUACGGCUUACUGGCAUUACAUCGAAACCAACGGCAUCCGGGAGGAAAUGGCCCGGUUGAUAGCGGACUGGGAGUCGGGAAAGGCUCAUCUGGCUGAGACCGGCCAAGCGAUACGCAAGUUGUUCCUCCGGGGCAACUGGACACCCUACGUCGAGGCUGCCAUCCGCUCCGCAUACCGUCGGCUGUCGGCCACGGCAGGUGUCGAGAACCUCAGCGUCGCGGUUCGAUCCAGCGCGACCGCAGAGGAUCUCCCGGACGCCCGUUUCGCCGGGCAGCAAGAGUCCUACCUCAAUAUUGUGGGCGAAGAUGCCCUCCUGGAUGCAUGUCGGCGGUGCUACGCGUCGCUUUUCACCGACCGAGCCAUCAGUUAUCGACAAGCGAAAGGAUUCGAUCAUCUUCAAAUUGCCUUGUCCGUUGGCGUGCAACGCAUGGUCCGGUCUGAUACUGGAGGCUCCGGGGUGAUGUUCUCCAUCGACACCGAGACCGGCUUCGACAAGAUUGUCCUCAUCAACGCAGCCUGGGGACUGGGUGAGAACAUCGUCCAGGGCACCGUCGAUCCGGAUGAGUACCAGGUCUUCAAGCCUCUCAUUCCUGUCUCGAGUGUUAUCCCGAUUAUCGACAAGAAACGCGGCGACAAGUCCGUCAAGAUGAUCUAUGGCAAUGGUCAGACACCAACCCGGAACGUGCCCACCUCCAAGGCCGAGCGUGCUGCCCUAGUCCUCACCGACGCCGAGAUAAUGCAACUGGCUCGCUGGGCUUGCACGAUCGAAAAACACUACGGCUGUCCCAUGGACAUGGAAUGGGCCAAGGACGUUCUCACCAAUGAGUUGUUCAUCGUCCAGGCCCGCCCGGAAACCGUGCACUCGCGUCGCGACGCGACCGCUGCUUUCAAAACGUACCAGAUCGGCAAGAAAGGCCGCAAGUUGGCCACCGGGCUGGCCGUGGGCGAUGCCGCUGUGUCUGGCCGCCUCUGCCUGAUCGAGUCCGCGCACGAGAUGGACAAAUUCGUCGACGGCUCCAUUCUCGUCACGGCCACGACCGAUCCGGACUGGCCCCGGAUGGAGUUUGUGGUGACCAACGCCAUCCAGGUUCAUCCGAUGGCACUGGUGCAUUUUGACCGGCUGGAUGCCAAAACCAAGGCUGAGAUUGCCCGACUGACAGCGGGCUACGAGCACAAGCCGGAUUACUUUGUGGACAAGUUGGCGGCGCACGGGUUCGCAGCGCUCUGCGCGGCCGUCUAUCCUAAGCCGGCGAUCCUCCGGAUGAGCGACUUCAAGACGAACGAGUAUGCCAGUCUCAUUGGCGGGGCGGAGUUUGAGCCCAAGGAGGAGAACCCGAUGAUCGGGUUCCGCGGGGCGUCGCGAUAUUACUCGCCAAAGUAUCGUGAGGGCUUUGCGCUGGAGUGUCGGGCCAUCCGACGAUUGUGUGAGGAGCUGGGGUUCACCAAUGCAGUGGUGAUGAUCCCGUUCUGUCGGACGGUGGACGAGGCGAAGAGAGUGCUGCAGGUGAUGGCGGACAAUGGAUUGCAGCGGGGAAAGAACGGCCUGCAGGUGUACAUGAUGUGCGAGAUUCCGUCGAAUGUCAUCCUAGCCAAAGAGUUCGCGGCGUAUUUCGACGGGUUCUCCAUCGGGUCGAAUGACUUGACACAGCUGACGUUGGGAGUGGACCGGGACUCGGAUGAGUUGACAAGAUCUGUCAUCCACGAGGCCAAAAAGGCGGGGUGCAAGGUGGGCAUCUGCGGACAGGCACCGAGUGAUCAUCCAGAAUUUGCACGAUUCUUGGUGGAGGUGGGGAUUAAUUCAAUCUCGGUGAUUCCGGACAGUUUUGUCAAGGUGAAGAGGACGGUGAUGCAAGUGGACUAA